GGCAUUUCUACGUCCACGUAUAUGUUUAUUUAUUAACAGUUGAAAGUGGUUUUGUUGUCCAAAAUGACUAGAAAUUGUAUCAUUUUGUUUAUGUUUGUGCUGAUACAGAUAAUUCUUUCAGGUAGGAAUAUAUAGAGCUUCCGAAAUGUAAAUAAUUAAAACAGUUGCAAUGGUUGGAAAUUGGAAUGUCAUGUGAUUAAUAUUAAAAUGGCAUAAUCAUGAUAAUUUUGUUGUGUAAUGACUGUUGCAAGUCAUCUGAUCUGCUACCACGUGCUCGAUCAUGUGUUUCUAUAAAUACCAGAAAAAGAACAGCAAUAAUAACCAAAUCUAUUGCAGUCUAAUAAGUUGAUUAAUUAACUUUAGCACCAACCUUCUGGGCCCCCGACAAGUACGUAAAAUUGCCUGAGACAGGGUAAAAUAAUAAAGUAAGCCUAAGGUGGCAUUAGGGUGCAUUGCAACUUAAUGGGUUAAGUUUCAAUGCACCCUAAUCCACCCUACUUUGUUAUUUUACAGUCUGACUAUCAUACCAGCCAAUUAUAUACACCUUUCAAUAAAUAAAUGGCCUGGGAGCCUCGCUCUCAUGAAUCAGGAGCCAAUCACCUUGCGUAAUUUACUAAUGAGAGCGAGGCUCCAAGACCAAAAAGUAUAUGUGACAUAAUUUUGAAAAGGUGUAUUUUAGUCUUCCAGGGGAAAGUUUGCAUUAGUGGCUUAAGCAAAGAAUUUGCAUCAUUCUUCUUCAUUAUUAUCAUGUUAGUACUGCUGGAUUAUAAAAGGAGGAUCCCAUCUUAUUAUCAACCAUUUUGUUAUAUUCUCCUCACACCUGGUUCUUUCCUGUAUUGUUUUAUUUCCAGAAACUCUGGAAUCUCAACACCAGCCAUGGUCUUAAUCGUAAUGUUGUCUUUAAAUUUAAUAUGGAGGAGUGAUCUGUACCAACAGACCUUUCUUCAAAUCUUGUUAUUAAUCAUACUUCUCACUACUUUAUUCCAUGUACAUUCAAAAUUGUGGACCAUCCAACACAGAACUCUCUUUUAAUUGUACAUAGCAUUAACGUUAAAUUAUUUUAAUAAUUUUAUUUGUAGAAGAAAUUAGGAAUAAGGACUUAGUGUUAGUUCCAUCUGAAAGUACAAAUGAGAAUGAAGAGCAAGAAAGAACAUUAGCAAAUGAUGAUACCAAUUAUGACAUAUUUCAUGCCACAAAUCAAUGGCAAACUAUAAGAGAAGACCAGUCCAUCCCACCUGGCCUCCAUGUCCAGAUUGACUUGACAACCGGAGAAAAACGAGCUAAGUUAAUGGACGAAAAAACAAGUGAUGGAAGUGAAAAUAAUAAAGCACAAAGUUCGCAGUAUCCAACAAAACAAAAAUAUAUAAAGAUUGAUAAAAAUAUCAUCUCAAAACAAAAACUGAAGGAUGCUUUGAAAGAUUUUAAGGAUAAGUUUCACAGUGAAGAUCUGGAUGAUGAGUUACAAACUACACAUGGUAGGGAGUGUUGUCUUUUCCCCUUUGGGCAGUCCUAAAAUUGAGUUUUGAAGAUUUAUAUAGAUAUAAAUUAAGUAUUCAUACAGAGAUUUAAGGCCAAAACAAAACCAAAUUUGGCUCUGAAAACGCAGGAAAUGACCAUUCUAGAUUUGUAAAAUUCAAAAUGUUACGAACGGCCCAAAUAUAGCUAUUCAGGCAUGCAAUAUGUCAUGAGCUCAUCUUUCACAUUGUUGAAAUGGGCAGUUCUCUAUUUUUCUUAGAAUGAGCCCUGGUAACAAAAUGAAUCGAGUAUAUUCAGCAGACUUUGAGUGGAACGCAUUGGUGAACGCAAAUGGAACACAAACGCGCUUGGAACGAAAAUACGCGUUGUUCCAUGUGCGUUUAUUAUACUUUCGCGGUUAUUUCUGUGUGAUAUCACAAGCAGCAUAGUACUUAAUAUGGUAUCUGCUUGCAUCAGUUAUUAUAAUAGUAGAAUAACCUUUUCCAUUAAAAUUUUGAUGGUCUUUUAUAUUCUUUUCUUUAAAAACGGCUUUCCUUGGGUUUGUCUUAUUCCAAAAUCAAUUUAUUUUCAAUUGUCACAAUUACUACUAGAAAAGAACAAAUACAGAAGUAUGGACGAAAUAAAGCAGGAAUUUGAAGGUGCGAACAUUUGGAUGAAAAAAGACAUUGAAAUUAUACAAGAUCUUGUCGCGAAACUGAACAGUAGCGAGAGUGCGAAGUCAGUAAUUCUGGUAGCGCUGGAGGAACUGGAAUAUUUAGUACAUCAAAUUGAUAAUGCAAGAGACUUAGAUGUAAUUGGAGGCUUGGCACUAGUUGUAAAUUUGCUUAAUCAGACUGACAAUGAGAUUCAAAGUCAAGCAGCAUAUGUGAUCGGCUCUGCUGCUCAGAGGUAAUGCACUACUACAGAGAUAAUAGUGUUGACUUCAGGUUGAGAUUAGAGAGGUUCAGAUUCGACUUCCACUACUGCUACCAGUGACCUUGCCAUGGCUUAGUAUGCAUCUGAUUGGUUAACCGGAUAGUUCAAACGUAUCUCAUUGGUAAUGGUCCCUUAAUGGUAGCGGAGUUGGAAUUCAAAUCUGAACCUCUCAAAUGGUAAGCCAUCGACACAUAUGUCACUACUCUAAGUUUAGGUUCUCAUGAGUUUUGCUGUGUCACGUACCAGAGGAUGAUAGCUGCCCCCCAGAGAGCCUGCUCGCAGGUUAGAGGAUGAUGGUUCUUUCUGGGUACAAGAUUGCUCGGUUAUGACCUGGGUUCACAGAUCAUAUCGUUAUAAUGUGUUUAUUUCCUUUAUCCAGCAACCUACCUGUGCAAGUGAGUUUAUUGGAGUCAGGAGCACUUCAGUUGUUAACCAGACUUCUCGUCAAUACUCAAGAUUCACCAUCCACGCGGAAGAAAGCACUGUACGCUUUGUCAGCCAUGUUGAGAUUGUUUCCCAAAGGAACUCAAAAAUUUCUGAAAAUUGGAGGUUUGCCCAUCCUGGCCUCGCUGUUCCAAGAAAACGAGAAUGAGCCGUUAAGGAUUAAGGCGUUGACGCUAUUGGUUGAUUUACUGACAGAACAGAUGGACAGUAUUAAAAAGAAAGCAAAGGAAAUGAGAAUUCAAGACUACGAGAAAGCAGCCUUAAAGUAAGCAGCAAUAAGUAUUUGACUACGUAGUACGUACUCAUUAGUCUGCCGCCAUUAUCAUAGGAAAAAAUUAAAAUAUUACCAAUGGUAAAUAAUUAAACAUAAUAUGGUUUUUACCAAUUUACCAUUUAAGACAUUUAUAAUAACCUAUAACGGUAAGAGUUCAGUUUCUAUAUGGUAAAUCUUUGAAAAGCAUUCAAAACCCAUUUUUCCCUGUGUAUACCGCCCGGCAUGUAGGAAAGCAACAAAUUCCCCCCGCUCCUCUCUGUUGCAGACCAACUUCUGAAUGGUACACACGUAAAAACGCACAAGUUGUCACAAACCUGCAACCGACUUGUACAAAUACUGUUCCUACAACUUGUCAACAGGAUGUGUUCGAACUGGUUGUCCCUAGCUUGUUGCCAAGUUGUCAACGACUUGUUGACAACUUGCUAUACAAGGCUUGUAUUGUCCUGCAAUUCAACGAUUUGUUAACAGGUUGUUUGUCACAACCUUGUAGCAACUUGAUAAAAUAACAGCAUUGUUACAACUUGUUGACAAGCUUGCUACAACCUGUUGCAAAAACAUCUUGUUGAGAAGUUGCUAGAACAGCAUUGUCACAACUUGUUAACAAGCUUGCCACAAGUCUGUUGAGGAGUCAUCUUGUUGACAAGUUGUUGGAACAGCAUCGUCACAACGUGUUAACAAGCUUGUUACGUGUGCAGCCCAUAUUGAUGGUCUUUAGUUGUCCACAUUGCUGUCAUGUUCUUUUCCCAUCACACUGCCCAAUCCAUUACCUCCUCAGACCUGGAAAAAUAGGAUCUCGGGACCUGCUUCUUGGGAUAUUUCUUCUUCCAAAUGCUUCACUCCUGAAAGCCAUGUAUACAUCUAGUGUUCUUGAGUGUAUUUUCAGUGAUUCUCGAAAAUCUAGAAAGUACUCGAUAAAACGAUAUCAUAUAGAUAGAGCAAAUUAAAAUAGUAUAUAAGUUUGGGAUCGGUUGUCCGAAGAUCGGAUAUCGCUAUCCCCUGGAUAGUGAUUUUUUCAGCCGCUGUAAAAAUGCUAAAAUUCUAUGAACGCAAAGGCCACGCAAGCCAUAGAACAAUACAUAGCGCCUGGGUACGAGGCAGUCCAAUGCGGAAUGAAUCCUCAGGUGGCUAAUAAAUUUCGAAAAAUCUUGACGUUAGCAAAACGUUAUUAACCAUCUAUUCUCCAUAUUUUUCCGUAGAGCUCCACUGCUGAAAGCCAUGUAUCAAGAAGGUUGGUGUAAACUAUCAACAACUCUGAUUACCACCACAGACACUGAAACGAAGGAAAAACUUCUGCAAGCAUUUCAAAUUCUCUUACCUGCAUGUCGGGCUGAGUGGAAACAAGAUACGAAACUUAAAGUCGCCCUGAAACUAUGGCGAGAGCAGUGGCGAAGUGAGAUAGAUAGAGAUAAUCAGGACGAUACAGGGUAUUUGGAGACAUUAGUGAAACUAGCUGAUACUGUUGAACAAAAGUGCGCGUAGUCAAUCCGUAUCGUCAGAUGAUGUUGGAAUGCUUAGUGAUGGUGAAACAGCGAGCGCUAUGUGUCCACGAACCGACUCUCUACUGCUCAAUGUGGCUCUAAUUCUUCAGUCAUAAAAAAUGUAACUUUUUAGCCUGCUUUCAAUUUAGUAGUGAGACUCACUCACUUCCCUAUGUUUCUCACUCUUGGAAACAUGGCGAAACAUUGGUAGGAAACAAUGUUUCCUAGUUUGCCCAGGGCUUAAGGGUCUAAUAGACACUUCCCAAAUUUGUUUGAGUUCGCACGAAACAAUAGCUUGAAGUCGAGGCGGACAACUGAUGUACUCUAUUGUGAGAGGCUGUCCACAUGAGCCCGGCUAGCCGUCACGAAUUCCUGACCAUAAAAGAUCGUUCGAAUGAACUUUCUACUGUUACUGAAAGCAAACUGAGCUAAUUCGACUUUGAACUGUCAUUUUGGAUGUUUAUCUGUGAUGAGAGCUUUAUUAAACUAAUCAUCUCGCGGUUAACCGGGCCAGUCCAGCUCCAUGUGAACAGCUCCUAAAUUGCUAUUUUGUGUGUGUUGGUGUUAUGUACUCAGGUGAAUAUGAUGUUUGUGAUGUUACUCUGAGUAUGCAUCCACACCGGGCAAGCUGAAAAGUUAGCUUGGCCACGGUGGGAAUCGAAAGGUCGCGGGUUCGAUAAUCUAACUUUUCAGCUUGCCCGGUGUGGAUGCAUACUCAGAGUAACAUCACAAACAUCAACUCCUAAAUGACUAGUUUUCAUUGACAGCCAACAAAUUCAGAAAGUGUCUAUAGACGAAGGGUCGAAACGUUGAAUUUUUUAUCUCAGAUCAGUUGGGAUCAAAAUGAAGAAACUAUUAAAUAUUUAAACUGCAGUG